CUCCAUUUAUCCAUGGCCCCUUAAGGGGCCAGAGGGGUGCUCCCAGUUUGGGGUGAUGGAAUGGAAGAAAAAGCUCUCCGGAAAUUCAAGCAAGACCAGGAGAUGGGGCCAUCGACAUGGUGGAGGGCACGCUGAUCCUUCUGUUGACGAGCAUGGCAAGCGCUUCCAGGAGUGGUGUUGUGUGGUCCUGUGCUUCAGCCUCAUCACCUACAACCUCGUCCACCUCCUGCUGCUGGCCUCCUGGGAGCACACGCCCCUCGUCAUGCUAGGUGUGGUCGCAGGGGCUCUCAUCGCGGACUUCCUGUCUGGCCUGGUGCACUGGGGCGCUGACACAUGGGGCUCCGUGGAACUGCCCAUUGUGGGGAAGGCUUUCAUCCGGCCAUUCCGAGAGCACCACAUCGACCCCACGGCCAUCACACGGCACGACUUCAUAGAAACCAAUGGGGACAACUGCCUGCUGACGCUGCUGCCGCUGCUAAACAUGGCCUACAAGUUCCACACCCAGAGCCCUGAGGCCCUGAAGCAGAUGUACCCCUGGGAGUGCUUCGUCUUCUGCCUGGUCAUCUUCUGCACCUUCACCAACCAGAUCCACAAGUGGUCGCACACAUACUUCGGGCUGCCACCCUGGGUCACCCUCCUGCAGGACUGGCACAUCAUCCUGCCAAGGAAGCAUCACCGCAUCCACCACGUCUCGCCCCAUGAGACCUACUUCUGCAUCACCACAGGCUGGCUCAACUACCCACUGGAAAAGAUCGGCUUCUGGCGACGCCUGGAAGACAUUAUUCAGUGCCUGACGGGAGAGAAGCCCCGGGCAGAUGACAUGAAGUGGGCCCAGAAGGUCAAAUGAGUCGCCAAGCCUGCCUCAUCGUUGCCAAUCUUCCCUAGACCCCCAACCGAAGCCAUCUGCCAAACACCAGCCGCCUCGCUCACUGCGGCCCCUCCAACGGGACCCCAGCUCAUCCCUGGGGGCCCAGGCCCCCAGCUCGUCCCUGGUGACAAAGAAUACUUGAGCCACCGGAUUCCUUUCUCCGUUUCCUUCCCUUUGCCUCUCCCAGCCUCUGAGCAAUGUCUGCCAAGCCCACCUGCAGAAAAGGAUCCCCGCCCGACGCCUGUCCCCGGCGGGGGGGAUACUUACCUCUCCCUGCACACUGGCUGCCCCCUGACCCAAGGGCAGCACUUCAGUGCGACUGGUGUGAGGUUCCUGAGUUGGCUUAUUCUGCCCCCUGUGAUCAAGGGAGCGCCCCACAUGCCUGAGCUUCCACGGAGGAGCUGCCCUGCGAACUGACCUUGGACCCUGGGUGGGUGUGAAGUGAAGCUCCUCCAGGGUCUCUGAGGUCAGGUGGCUAAGAAAGGCAUCUCCCCCCCAGUCCCCUGGCCAAGUGGCAACUGCUUCCCCAACCCACCUGCCCACACAGUUCCAACCAGAGCUGAUGUUUCCAGUCUGAAGACAGCCUUUUAAGGCACAGCCCCUGCCAAGGGUCUUGAUCAUUUGGAAGGGGACCCAGUGGCCUCUCUGGGCAGGGGAUGUCAGAGAAGGAAGUGGGGGCUCCUGUUUUGAUUUGGGGUCUUUUUUUUUUUUUCAAGGUGCUUGCUUGUUUAAUGUAAAUAAUAGAAAGCCUUAAUAUCUUUUCUGUAACAUGGAGUAAUAUUUUAAUGCCCUGUUUGGGAUGUACAUAAUAUAUUUAUAACAACGCAGCAGGAGUCUACUUAA